AUGGUCUUGGACUUAGAAAGAGAUGGAAUUGAGCCAUAUGUGGAAAUGGGCAGGAUGAGGAUUGACUAUGGCACUCCAAAGAGAAUACCGGGGAAAGGCAAACCUUUAAAAUGCUUGGACAAAGGGUCGAUUGCAUUCUCCAUAUCAUCGUGUAAUGAUGACAGGAAAUAA